AUGGGGCAUUUCUCUUCCAUGUUCAACAGCUUAGCUAGAUCCUUCUCCAACAAGAAAGCCCAAAACAACAGUAAAAGCUACGUGAAGGAAGCCGCAGAUGAAAUGGCGAGAGAGGCGAAGAAGAAGGCGAUGAUUCUUAAGUCUUCUGGUUGUGUUAAUGCAGAUGGAUCCAAUAACUUGGCCUCUGUUUUCUCCAGACGCGGUGAGAAAGGUGUUAAUCAGGACUGUGCCAUCGUCUGGGAGGAAUUUGGAUGUCAAGAAGACAUGAUGUUCUGUGGGAUAUUCGAUGGACAUGGUCCCUGGGGUCAUUUCGUGUCUAAACAAGUCAGAAACUCAAUGCCUAUAUCUCUGCUUUGCAACUGGCAAGAGACUCUAUCUCAGACCACAUUAGCAGAACCCGAAACGGAUCAACGGUUCGCCAUCUGGAAACACUUGUACCUCAAAACCUGUGCAGAUGUUGAUCAAGAGCUUCAACAUCACCGAAAGAUCGAUACGUUCAACAGCGGCACAACCGCUCUAACCAUUGUCAGACAGGGUGAAGUUAUUUAUGUAGCAAAUGUUGGAGAUUCACGUGCCGUUCUAGCCACGGUAUCAGAAGAAGGAAGUUUAACCGCUGUUCAGCUCACAGUCGAUUUCAAACCGAACAUACCUCAGGCUAUAGACAUUGUUUCCUCAACCGCAGAGCGGCCAAAGGCGGCCAAGCGGCUUGUGGAGCAAGCGGUUAGGGCUUGGAAUAAGAAGAGACGUGGUAUUGCAAUGGAUGAUAUUUCAGCCGUUUGCCUCUUCUUUCAUUCUUAG